AUGGAAGUAGUGGAUACCACACCUGUCAGUACCAUUGACUCCUUACCUAUAGACAAUACAGCUACUACUCACGCUUCUGUUUCUUCUUCUGCUUCUUCUUCUUCCGCUCCUGAUUGUAUGGCUGACAUUGACCCUUCAACAUUUAAAGCUGCUUUGCCUCCCAGAAAGAGGGCAAAGACACAGGAGGAGAAGGAACAACGCAAAAUUGAACGAAUUUUGCGCAAUCGGAGAGCAGCACACGCCUCUAGAGAAAAGAAGCGCAAACAUGUGGAAUAUAUGGAGGUUUACGUUGUUAAGUUGGAGGAGAAUAUCAAGCGACUCCAACUGACUUGUGACUGUUUGUUGCAAAAGUUGCCUGUUGAAGAACAAGGCAAGUUUUGUGUCGAGUUGGAUGACUUGACCGAAUUGAAGAAUCAAAUUCACUUGAAUAUGAAGAGUUCAAGAAGAGGCUGCAAGAAGGAUUUACUGGAGUCUCUUGUUGACGAAUUUGAAGAACACGACGAUGAAGAUGUUGAUGUUGUUGAUGCAAAUGCAAAUGCAAAUGCAAAUGCAAAUGCAAAUGAAAAGGAUGCGGAAAAGGAUCAAGAUCAGGAUCACGAUCAGGAUCAAAACUCGAAUGUGCUGAUGCAAGUGCCAGGCCAAGAUAAGGGCAAGGCUGAAGUGCUGCUGCACACUAGAAGAGUUCAGCAGCUGGAUACAGUUCCAGUGUUGAAGAAGAGAAGAUUAUCAAGAGAAGCAGAGACUAAGGUCUCUUUUGCUCCACUGACUUCGAAUUCUUUGACUACCACUUCUGUGGCUAAACACCCAUCUCCACAACCGCCCGUACAAGUUAAAAUUGAAACAAUAACCACACCCUCAACUUCGUUGAAACCAGAGGUUGUUGAUGACACAUUUUUCAAUUACCUUUCACCCAUUUCGUUGAAUUCAUCAGCCAACUCGCCAAUGGAUAUAACAUACACUCAAGCUUGUCCAAAUACAGUAGCUGAUCACCUCGAGCUCGACUUUGGUUUGGACAAUUUUAAACAAGAUGAAUAUUUAGCAACUAUGAACUCUGCUAAUACAAUAUCAUCAUCUUCUUCAUCAUUACCACUGUCAGAUUCAGCAAUUGCGGAAAACAAUACCAAUGAGAGGAAAAACAAUACUACUAGAAUAACAACUACAGCAAUGAAUCAAAUGAAGUCACCAUUAUCAGUGACUGGCUCACAUUUAGAAGAUGGAACAGUUGACUCACCAACCAUGAAUACCUUGUCCACAUCAAACUCUGACUCACCUAUAUCGAAUACUUCCAACUUGUCAUUAUAUGAAACGGGGCAAAAUUCAGCAGUAAUUUUGUCACUUGAACAAGAACGGCAGCAGCCAAUGAAAACUUUGGUGGAUAUCUUGAAUAUUGAAAAUCGAAUAAACCUGGCUAUUACAGUAUAA